GGAGCUUUUUCAUAUUUAUUUCCACAAACAGUGUCACUCUCUUUUAGACGUGCGAUUAAUUUAAUUACCUAUGAAGAAAAAGAAAGCGCGUACUUUUUUGUACAGGGUAAAAGGUUUGGGGGUCAACGGGAGGCGCAUUUUUAGCCCACCAUCUGUUCGUAAAAUGACGGAAUCGAACCUGAUAUUAUUGCCUCUUCUGUUUUAUGGUUAGUAGUACAAAAUGAUGAUUUCUUUUUUAGCCUUUUGUACUACUGAGGUGAGGAGUACACUAAAGUACUCAACCCAAUCAAUAGUCUUUAUCAAGAUUUUCAAUGGUGGUUGGUUAAAGCCUUCAAUAUCUUCUGCUUUAAAUUGGGAAAAUUCCUCUUCCCAUGAGCACGCCGGCUGCAUAUCUCAGUCUUUAGUGAUUUGUGAGUGGGAAUUUGAAGAAAAAUCCAGUGUGGGGUUUGUGCCAUUUAAUGCCUUUCUAGACCUGGGCAGUUGAAAUAAUUCUUUUUUCUUCUUCUUCUUUCGUUAAGACUAGACAACAAGAAAAAAAGGAUAAACAAAUUGGUUCCAUCCAGUUCAAGUGAGAAAGUCAUCUAUCUGCUCAAGUUAAAGAAAAAAAAAAAAUGGGCACAAAUGACAUGGAAGAAAUGAUGGAAAUAGAGAGGAAUGAAGUGGAAAAUGGGAAAGACAUUCCUGGAUGGAAAGAGCAGAUAACUAUGAGAGGCAUUAUUGCUAGCUUACUGAUAGGAAUCAUUUACAGCAUCAUAGUAAUGAAGCUGAAUCUCACAACUGGUCUUGUCCCAAACCUCAAUGUCUCAGCAGCUCUUCUUGCUUUUAUAUUGAUAAGGACAUGGACUAAGCUUCUUCAAAGGGCCAAAUUCGUCACAACCCCAUUCACUAAACAAGAGAAUACUGUCAUUCAGACAUGUGCUGUUGCUUGCUAUAGCAUAGCUGUGGGAGGUGGGUUUGGGUCUUAUCUGUUGGGAUUGAACAAGAAGACGUAUGAGUUAGCUGGGAUUGAUACAAAUGGGAAUUUGCCCGGGAGUUAUAAAGAACCGAGGCUCGAUUGGAUGAUUGGCUUUCUCUUUGUUGUUAGCUUUGUGGGGUUGUUGGCUUUGGUUCCUCUAAGAAAGAUUAUGAUUAUUGAUUACAAAUUACCGUAUCCGAGUGGAACUGCAACUGCUCUUCUUAUCAAUGGAUUUCAUACUAGCAAAGGAGAUAAGACGGCCAAAUUUUACUUUGAUUUCAGUAUGACCUACAUAGGAGCUGGGAUGAUUUGCUCCCAUCUCGUUAACUUAUCAUUGCUAUUUGGAGCUGUUCUUUCGUGGGGUGUAAUGUGGCCAUUAAUAAGUGAGCGAAAGGGAGACUGGUUUGCCCAGAAUAUCAAAGAAAGCAACCACGAGGCUAUCGAAACCCUUGACGACCUCCGGCGCAACGAGGUAUUCAUGCGAGACCGCAUCCCAGUGUGGGCAGCGUGCCUCGGCUACACCCUAUUCUCCAUUGUCUCCAUCAUUGUGAUCCCCAUCAUGUUUCCCCCUCUCAAAUGGUACUACGUCCUUGUGGCUUACGUGUUGGCCCCCUCCCUCAGCUUCUGCAAUGCGUACGGGUCUGGCCUCACCGACAUGAACAUGGCCUACAACUACGGGAAGGUCGCCCUCUUCAUCCUGGCCGCCCUCGUGGGCCCUGCGCACAACGGGGUGGUGGCGGGACUCAUCGGUUGUGGCCUCAUAAAGUCCAUCGUCUCCAUAUCCUCGGAUCUGAUGCACGACUUUAAAACGGGCCACCUCACCCUCACCUCCCCCCGUUCCAUGCUCGUGGCCCAGGCCGUGGGGACCGCCAUCGGCUGUGUUGUGGCGCCCUUGACCUUCUUCCUCUUCUACCGCACGUUCGACGUCGGAAACCCAGACGGCGUCUACAAGGCGCCCUACGCGCUGAUCUACCGCAACAUGGCCAUCCUUGGGGUCGAGGGCUUCUCGGCGCUGCCCGCCCACUGUAUGGAGCUCUGCUACGCCUUCUUCGCCUUUGCGGUCGCUGUUAAUCUGGUGAGGGACGUGGUGCCGGGGAGGUACGGGAGGUGGGUCCCACUCCCGAUGGCGAUGGCGGUCCCCUUUUUGGUGGGGGCCUACUUUGCCAUCGACAUGUGCGUGGGGAGCCUGGUGGUGUACAUGUGGCACAGGUACGACAGGCGGAGGGCCGGGUUGAUGGUGCCGGCUGUGGCUUCGGGCUUGAUUUGUGGGGACGGGCUCUGGAUACUGCCGUCGGCUUUGCUGGCUCUGGCGAGGGUCACCCCGCCCAUCUGCAUGAGCUUUUUGCCUGCCAUGCGCUCAUGNUUUCGAAAUGACAGAAACUAUAUAUAUAAAAGCACAUAA